AUGCAGCAACAACAACAACAGCAGCCGCAGCAACAGCAUCAACACCAACAAUUAACCACUCAGCAACCAUCAACAUUACAGUUCCAAUUGCAGGCACAGUCACAGCAAUCACAACCAUCCGGUUUAAUUGUUGCCCAUACCUCACAAUCGUUGCAGCAACAAAAUGAAAAAGCCGCCGUGGCAACAUUAACCCAAUUGCCGGCAACAACGACGGUGGCACGUAAAACUAGCAUUUCCCUAUUUACCAAUGCCAAUGGUGGUAUUGUGGGUGGAACUGUGUUGGCGGCCUCAUCCCAGUCGGGUGUUGGAAAUAAUACAAUUAAUUCCAACACCACUUCUGCUGCCGCGACCGCUACCACCACAGCUCAUAUCGUACCCAAGGAAACGAAUACAAUACUGCUGCAGACACCCAUCAAUGCAAGUCAAUUGGAAACGGUAUUGUUGCAAUCCGGUCAACUGAAGAAAUCCAAUUCCACUGUGUCGGCUACAGAUCGUCCAUUUCUGUUUAAGAAUAAAUGUUACAAGCCCGGAAAUUUCAUCGAUUUUAAUAAGAUUAGCAAAUCCCAACACGCCUACAUCAAAGUCAAAUCUGUGGAUACUGCCUCACAAGAGGUGGUCGGACACAUUACGAAGAAUAUGGAAAAUUCCCGCUACACAUUAGUUGCAUUCUUCGAUAUUGAAGAAGCCUUCAAUAAUGUGAAGCUGGAAUCGAAUACUUCUCGGAGUUUAAGCACAGAUAGCAAUCGUUUCGGUAGCCUAACAUCAGCCUCGUCAUCAUCAUCUACGACAAAUGGUGGCGGUGAUGACAAGGGUCCUUUUGUUUUGCAAACAUUAAAACGUUUAGAAAAAUCCCAAUCAAUUCUGGUCAUACGCAAUUCAUCAUCAACGGCAUUGUCGUCGACAUCGGCCGGAACAGCAUCUUCUUCUUCGAAUAUAUCAUUAGGUGCCAAUUCUACCUCAUCCUUAGCAAAUAUUGCAAAAUCAUCCUCGGCUUCGUCUUCAUCGUUGGCCAAUUCAUUGACAGUGGAACAUAAGCUAAGCUUAUCCUCAUCAUCUUUGUCCUCCAUGCAACAGAAACAGCAGCACCAACAACACCAAUCCCAAAUUCUGACAACGUCCGGAGCAGGAGGUAAUGUUGUCAAUACAAAACCAAAUACUAUCACCUUUACACGUCACAAAAAAUCUCAAAGCAAAGCAAAUAAUGGAACGAAUAACAAUACUGCUAAUAACAACAACAAUGGUGGUGGUCAUCAUAAUUCAUCCUCAGCGUUGAAUAGUAGUGGUGGUGGUGGGGCAACAACAAUAACCACCACCAAAUUGGGUGAUAUUUUAGCCUCCGCCAAGGGACAGCCAAGGCAUAUUUUGACAGCUACGGCCAGUACCAAUACUGGGGGUAAUGGUAAGGCAACAAAUGUUGCUGCUGCUGCUGCUGCUGGAGGUAAUGGAGGUACAACCACCACCUAUUUGCGUUUAACAAAUGCCAAUGGCAACAAUAAUAACAGCAACAACAACAACAAUGGUAAUAGUAAUAUUGCAACUAUUGCUGCCAAUAUUGUCCAUAAAAAUCAUCAUAAUUCUUCACGUGUAAAUCUCAAUGGUGCGAAUGUCGAAACAAUACCUACAGCAGCUGCUGUAGCUGGAGCAGGACAAGGCUCCACACAGAAACAACAACAACAUUUAAAUUUGGCCGAUGUCCAGCUAAAACAUGAAAGAACUUCAACAACAUCUGCUGCUGCCAGUAGUAGCACAACGGGCUCACAGAAGACCCCAGGGACCGAAGUUCAACUAAAUAAGAAGAAGAACAACAACAUCAACAAGAACAACACCUCCCUGCUUAUUAAGUUUGCCACCGAUUGA